UUUCAGAAUUUUCAUUAGUCGAUUCGAUAGCCAGUUAUACUUUGAUUUUAUUGCAAAUCUGCUGAGUGAUAAAAAUCAAUUCAACAUACGCUCAUUUUCCGGUAAUAUAACUGGCUAAACUCCAUGCUCUACACAAACAAACAAUUAAUUUCAUUUGUUUAUCGAUCAAAACGUUAUCUCCUCAAAAGUUAAUGUUCUGAUAAGAGUAAGUUGAAACGGUUUUUUGCUUCACAAUCUUUAGUGGAAAGUGAAUGUCAAGCAUCUCCGAUAUCCAUUUACUAUUUGCUUUUUCUGUCGAAAAUUGCAUUCAUUAUUCGACCUAUCGAUUAGUUGACAGUAAAAAGUGAUUGAAAUGAGCCAUUCGACGUUGGUAAUUGACACGAAUUCUGGUCCGGUUCGUGGCAUCAAGAGAACAACAAUCUUAGGGGAUGACUACCUAAGCUUUCAAAGCAUACCGUAUGCCAAACCACCGAUAGGAUCAUUGAGAUUUCGGGAUCCCGUACCCAUUGAACCUUGGAGUGAACCAAUCGAUGGGACUAUCCAAGGACCGCCGUGUUGGGCUUUCGAUAAAGUCUAUCAGCAGACUAUGGGCGAUGAAAAUUGUCUGCAUUUAAAUGUUUUCACUAACGAUGUUCAUCGCAAAAGAGAUGGCAGUGUUUAUAUGAAAUGCAAGAAACGGAGACCGGUCAUGGUGUACUUGUAUGGGGGAGGUUUCAUGUGGGGAUCAAGUGGAAUCGAAAUGUAUGGCCCCGAUUAUUUGAUGCAGAAGGACGUCGUAUUUGUGUCGCUCAAUUACCGUGUAGGAGCAUUCGGUUUUCUCAGCAUCAAAAAUCCCAAACUAGCGGUACCAGGUAAUGCAGGCUUAAAAGAUCAGGCGAUGGCUCUCAAAUGGAUUAAGAAUAACAUCCAAUGCUUCGGUGGAGAUCCAAAUAACAUAACGCUAUUCGGUGAAAGUGCAGGUGGAUGUUCUGUUCACUACAUGAUGAUGUCAGACCUCGCUAAAGACUUGUUCAGCAAGGCCAUCUUAAUGUCUGGUUGUGGUUUGAACAACUGGUCAAUCGUUGCCGAUACGAAUUCAUAUAAAAAGUUGGCUGCUUUAUUAGGAUGGGACGAAACGGGUGGCGACGAAAAGGCCUUGGAAGUACUACAGAAUGCUGAUCCGGCCGAUAUUGCAAAACUGCAAAUGGUUUUGACGACAUCCGAAGACGAUAAGAAGCAAAAUCUAUUUGUAUUCGGACCCGUUGUCGAGCCUUAUGUGAGUGAACAAUGUGCUCUUCCGGCGACACCUUUAGAGUUGGAAAGAUACUCUUGGGGCAAAAAAAUCCCAUUAUUAAUUGGAGGAACGUCCGAUGAUGGCCUGUAUUUGUAUCGCCAAACGGUAGAUAAUCCAAAGUCCUUGAAUCAUAUCACUUCAUAUCCGGAGUAUUUGGUUCCGGUUGACAUGGGACAUGCGAUUAAUAGUGAAACAUGUAAAGAGAUUGGAACGAGGAUAAAGAAGUUCUAUUUUGGGGACAAGGAACCUUCGAUGGAUACACUUCUGGAAUUCAUUGACCUUGUAACGGACAAAUGGUUCUGGCAUGGUCUACAUCGCACAAUUUUGGCACGCAUAAGUGAUGAUCGCAGUGGACCAACAUACGUCUAUCGAUUCAACUUUGAUUCAGACACAUUCAAUCACUACAAAAUUAGAGUCUGUGGCAAAGGAGUUCGCGGAUCAUGCCAUGCGGAUGAUUUGUCCUAUAUUUUUCGAAAUAUCUUCGUAGAAUCGAUUCAACUAGAUAGUGCAGAAUGGUUGACAAUUUCCAGAAUGAUUGGUAUAUGGACAACGUUUGCCGAAUUGGGUAAUCCUAAUGAUUCUCUCAUCGAGCCGAUUGAUUGGAAGCCGGUUCAGUCUAUCGACAAAUACAUGUGUUUAAAUAUUUCGACCGAUUUGUCGUACAUAGAGUUGCCGGAGAAAAAACGAAUGGAAUUCUGGGACAGUUUGUACGAAAAAGAUAAAUUGAUUUGAUUUUUUGUUUGAUAAUAAAUCUUAACUUCUCGUGACUGUGGCUUUGAA